AUGACCGAGUCAGAAAUAAUUUCUCACAUUCCUAAUUUAGAUCUUGCGCACCAGCGCUUUAUUUUGAAUAAUCCAAAAGCUGUUGAACUUCAUGAUGAGGCCAGGGAAAAAUUGAUUGCUGCAAUUGAGGAGAAUAAUAUGGCACCAUUCUAUCAAAUUGUGACAGAUGAACUCAAGAUUCCUCUUGACAAACAACUGCUCGCCAAAUAUCAAGAAGCUAACAAAGAGGAGCUUCAAAAACUUGAUGAACGUCUAGAAGACGCUGAACAAAAUUUAGGCGAAACUGAAAUAAGUGAUGCCCUUUUAGCAAAAGCACACUUUUACGCCAAAAUUGGUGAUAAGGAAAAUGCCCUUACAGCAUAUCGAGUUGCUCUGGACAAGACACCUGGAUUAGGUUCCCGAAUAGAUAUUAUAUUUUCUUUUGUGCGAAUAGGUUUCUUCUUUAAUGACAAUGAUCUCAUUAGUCGAAAUAUUGAAAGGGCAAAAAGUCUCAUUGAAGAGGGUGGAGAUUGGGAUCGCCGUAAUCGUCUUAAGGUCUACGAAGGCAUCUAUCGUUUAUCCAUUCGAGAUUUCAAGACUGCGGCGAAUUUAUUUUUGGACACCCUUUCGACUUUUAUGUCAACUGAAUUAAUGUCCUAUAAAGAAUUUGUAAAAUAUGCGGUGCUUGCCGGCGCUAUUUCUUUAAAAAGAGUGGACUUGAAAAAGAAGGUUAUUGAUGCACCAGAGGUAUUGGAGGUCUUGCACGAAAUUCCACAUCUCGAAAGCUAUAUCAAUUCGCUUUACAAUUGUCAAUAUGCGAAGUUUUUCCAGGCUCUUGCUGAUGUGGAAAGAACCCAUCUUUUCACUUCUCGCUACAUUUUUCCACAUCAACGAUAUUAUGUUCGUGAAAUGCGAAUUAUCGCAUACGCACAACUAUUGGAAUCGUAUCGUUCUUUGACUAUGGAGAGUAUGGCACAAUCAUUUGGGGUGUCGGAGGAAUUUAUUGACAAUGAUGUGUCAAAAUUCAUUGCGGCUGGACGCCUAAAUUGUGUUAUCGACAAGGUAAAUGGUAUCGUAGAGACGAAUCGUCCGGACGCAAAAAAUGCUCAAUAUCAACAGACAAUUAAGCAAGGGGAUAUAUUAUUAAAUCGUAUACAAAAGUUGUCCAGGGUUAUCAAUGUAUAA